AAAUCGUUUCACAACACUGACAAACACAUUUUGUUAUAAUAAUAAAAGAAAAACAAUAAAAUGAGUUCCGGAUUUGUAACUGAAGCUGAAGCAGCAGAAGCACGCCAAAGACGGCAGGAAGAAUGGGAGCGUGUACGCCAACCAGAAGAUCCACUAGAGAGGCCUGAGGAACCGUACGAUGGCCGAUCCCUGUAUGACAGGUUAAAGGAACAGAAAACUAAGAAGGACAUGGAAUAUGAGGAAGCACACAAACUUAAGAACUUGAUACGUGGACUCGACGAUGAUGAAGUGCAGUUUCUGGAACUUGUCGAUACCCACAAAAUGAAUGCUGAACGUCAACAAAUCAGGGAUGAAGAGCGCGAGUUGAAAGACUUCCGCAACCGCGUGGAGAAGCUACAGGAGGAAAGUGUAGACAAGAAAUUGCAGGCAGAACUAAAGACUACGGCAAAGUCAGGUGGAGCCCCAGCUGCUCGCAAUACACAGAAAUCUUUACUUGGCCAAGGAAUCAAGCGUAAAAAUGGCGAAAUACAGCCAUCUACAAGUAAAGUUGCCAAGGCUGAGGAAAAAAAGCCAGAAAGAGAACCAGAACCAGAGAAACCUUCGCUAACAUCUAUUCGCACUGCCAAGCAUGAUCAGGGGAGUCUUCAGUGCAUUGCUGUGUUGCCCGGCAUUGGCUCUUACACAGAGUCCAGUGAUUCAGAGGCAAGCACAGAUAAUGAUGAUCCUGAGCCUUGCACUCGCAUGGAUCUGUGUGGCCGGAAGAUACCGAAAAAGAAAGCCUGUCAGGAUUAAAUAUCAAACCAGAGAAUUUUUUUCUGUCCUACAGUUUAAUUAUCGUGUAGUUCAUUCGGAUUAUAUAAAGCUAAAGUUUACUAUCGUCUUAA